CUCAUCCAAGAGAGCAAGAAAGAACAGCGAGAACACAACGCUCGAUUGGAAGCUAUGAUGCGGAAUAUGCGGCCCAUUGCGGUGCGCGCGCCAAUGCAGGGAGGCAUGGCGGCUGCACAGGCUGCAGCAGGCCCAGGCGGGACAGCGGCAAACGCUUGUUUUACAUGUCAUCAACCAGGCCACCUGGCUCGGGAUUGCCCCCAUCGGGCCAUGCAACCUCGAGUCGGGGCCGCACCUGCAGCUGCGGCUCCCAUAGCAAACGGCCCACGACGCGUAGGAGCCAUGAUGGAUGAUCAGGGAGGAAGUAAUGGGAUGAUGAUCUCUAGCGAAGAAGUCGCCGAGCUUAUCCCACUGGAGCAGUUUGUAUCACUAGGAUAUCCGGGGCUGGGAAUGAUUGGGACGAUCCGGCCGGAGCUUGAGUCUAGAGAGGUCGCCGAAUGGCGGCCUUCGUCGAGCGAAGUAGAAACGGGAGGGCAUACUUUUGUUACGGGAGAAAUCGAUGUCCUUGAGGUUACCCGCGCCCUGGACCAUCGGAUCCCCCUUCCGAUCGGCCACCUACUCUCCAUCUCCGAGCAAGCGAAUGAGCGAAUGAUGCAGCAUUGCAAAGCGAAUAGGAAGCGAUUCGCCAUUGCACGCGCAAAGGAUCAGAAGGCGAAGGCGCCGGCUCCGGAGGAAAAGGCGGUCGUCGCCUCUGAUCCCAUUCGAGUCGGGUUGAUACAAAACGACGAUCACUUUCUUCGGAUCAAACUGAUUCCGUGGAAGUCGGCCGAAUGCGAUAUCGAAGUCUGGGGAGUGCCCUACAGUGCGAUCAUAGACUCGGGAGCAGCUGUCUUAGCAAUUUCACUCCGAGUAGUCGAGAGAGCGGGCAGAAAGAGUGAUUUGAUUAUGUUAACUGAAAAAGACCAGCGCGUAUCGGCUGAUGAGGAAAAGAUUAAAACUGUAGGACGGAUGACGAAUGUCGCGUUCCGAUUGGGAAAAGUGCAUGCUUUGGGAGAUGUUGUGGUGCUGCAUGUGAAUACGUCGAUCCGCAUAUGCAUCGAUUAUCGUAAAUUGAAUGAUAUCACGAUUAAGGAUGUGUACCCCCUUCCCCGGAUUGAUGAUCUGCUUGAUGCCAUUGGGUGUGCUAACUACUUCAGCAAGUUCGACAUUCGGCAUGGGUUUCAUCAUAUCUUGGUGAAGGAAGAAGAUCGGCCCAAGACCGCCUUCGUUUUGUUUGAGGGUACGUGGCAGUGGGUUCGGUGCCCGAUGGGAAUCUGCAAUGCGCAUGCCACGUUUCAGCGGGCGAUGAACGUGACUUUUCAGAACUUCGUCAACAAGACUCGGCUGACUCAGGGAAUGAUCAACUUCUGCGUCAUUGUGUAUAUGGACGACAUCCUGGUGUAUUCGGACACAUUUCACGGUCACGUGCAGCACAUCGAAUGGACGCUGGGCGCGCUAAGAGACGCAGGUUUCAAGAUAGCGCUGGAAAAGAGCGAGUUUUUCCUUCCGGAAAUCUCGUUCUUAGGGUACAUUGUGACACGUGGAGGACAGCGGCCGGAUUCUCGGAAGGUCGCGGCAGUGAAGGAAGCCCCGGUUCCGACCUCACUAGUGCAGUCUGAUCUUCAUCCCCGCCUCUCCUUCUGCAUAAAUCCUUUGGCUGUCCCCCUUCUCGAUCCAUCUCAGUGGGACGCGUGGCGCGGGGACUUCAUCGAACAUUCACUGUGCCUGACGGAGGUUCGAGUGACGUGGACGAGGGACGAGAACAACUAUCUGCGGUCGGAGCGAUUGGAGCUCCUUCUGAUUCAGGCGUGGCGGACGGAAGUAGAGGGUGACCUUCUUGGCUUCCUAUUCGGGGCGGUGCGCCCAGGUUGUCGACGACUUCUCACCCAGGAGCUUACGAUCAUGAUUGCGCAGCUGGCUGACGAUCUCGACGUCAGCAUUACCUCCCAGGACGAUGCGCGCUUGGUACCCCACAUCACCUCGCGCACGCUGUUGCCGUACCUUCAGUGGUCGGCUUGUGUGGAAGGCUUUCCGUCGCGGAUCCCGCCCUCACGGUUGGAUUACCUAGAUCCGCGUGACAUCUUGGAUCCUGCAUUCUACCGGCCGCCGUACGAAAACGAAUUGGACGAGAUAGUCCGUGAGGAGCUUGCGGAAGAAAGCUCGGAGGAAGAAGAAGACCAGAACGAAGGCGAAGGAGAGCCAGCAGAGCAGGGCGAGAGCGAAGAAGACGAAGAGAACGAGGGCGAAGAAGGGACAGGAGAGGAAAGCAGCGAGCAAGGGAGCGGCGACGAGUCGACGACAACGACGGCCCCAGCUGGAGAUUGUGCCGGUGCUGAUCGGAAGAUCAGCAACGAUCCAACAAUCGACCCGGAGCCGCCUUAGCCCAACGAUGGCGAUGUGGCCCCGAUGGCUGGCCCGUCCGCU